AUCCCAUUCGUGAACUAAAUUAACUGAAUCGCGCAUUUUUUUUAACUUUGUGAUUGUACGCACGCGACAAUUGAAGUUUAUUAAAAUAUAAUAUCACUUUUUAUAAUAUAUUAAAAUUAAAGGAGGUCAUAAUUAAUCGAUUUAACCCUCUAAAACAAUGACAGACGUUGCGAAGAAGGUUCAAGAAUAUAAAGACUCCCUCAAGCAGAAGGCAGAGCAUUUAAUUAUCAAAGGAUUUCCAGAGAAAAUAGUAAAGUUGAAUGAGCUGUUAGAAACACCCAAUUUCCAAAAUCGGGAUCUAGCUGAUGUUCACCAGGAUUUAAACAUUCCAGUACCACCUCCAGUAGCAGGUUUGAAUGAGCCAAAUGCUAAGCGUGCCCGUCUGGACUCUUCAGAGGUAUCAAGCAAUACUACAAUAGAGGGCACAAAAGUGUAUGCUUUACCAAAUGGCACAGUUCCUUGUAAUAAGCCUCUUAGUGACUUAAUACAUCUUGUUAAGCCACAUAUAAGGGAGCUAGUAGAGGACUCGAAUUUGCUUAAAAUGUGGAUCUCAUUUAUGAUCCCUAAAAUUGAGGAUGGUAAUAAUUUUGGAGUAUCAAUACAAGAAGACACACUAGCUGAGAUCCAGUCUGUGGAGUCAGAAGCAGCUGCGUUUUUUGACCAAAUUUCACGGUACUUCAUCUCUAGGGCAAAGAUAGUAUCCAAAGUUGCUAAAUAUCCACACAUUGAUGAUUAUAGAAGAGCUGUCAGAGAGUUGGAUGAAAAAGAAUAUCUAUCAUUGUGGCUGGUGAUGUGCGAGAUUCGCAACCGCUACUGUUCCCUGCACGACAUUGUUAUUAAAAACUUAGAGAAGAUCAAGAAACCACGCUCAUCUAAUGCAGAGUCUUUAUACUAGAGUGACCUCAAUCUCAUUUAGUAUCUUUAGUCACAUGCAAUUAUAAGAAUAAUUCACUGUGAAUGUAAGGGUAAUUAAUACUUUCUCCAUCUCAUUUUUUAUUCACUAGUAAUACCCACCUGUAAAUAUUCCUCGUAAUCCCGUGCAGACUGGCCACAGGAUCUUUACAUUUUUGUAUGUUAAAUAAUUUGACUAUAAUGUUUUCUUAAAUAUUUAUUUGUACCAUUAUCCUAUAUGUGACAUAUUCAAUAAAUAAUAUCAUUACUAUUUAUCAAAUUGACAAAUAGCUAUAUGAAAAAAGAUUUCAUGUUAGUUAUAUAUUAUUAUCUGUGUAUCUUUAAACCUAUUUUUAAUGAGAGAUUUAGCCCGUUUUUUAAAUAUGCUGGACAAUAUACAUAGACAUAUAUCUUAGGAGCAUAAAUUAUUGAAGUUUCGUAAAAUCUAAGCAUAGAAGUAAAUAAUUUAUUUAAGAAGUGUUCUUGUUCGAACUAAGUAUUAAUUUCACACUAAAAUUUUAAGUCUAAUUUAUAUUUUGUUUUGGAAGCAUCCAUAUGGAAAAUAUGCAUGAAUUU